AUGGAUGACGAGGCUGACAUGAAUCCACCAGGCUUCAUACAACACGAGACGGAGAAUGGAAUUCUAUACAGAUGUGAUGUUUGUGGACCGAAACUUAUGCAAGAAAAACAGAAGGUCCGACACAAACAAUCUGAUGCACACAAAAAGAGAGUGAACGACCGGGACAACUUUCCCUUGCACCACAAAAGAGCCGUUACACCAGAUGAAAGACGAGUAGAGGCUCCAAUUGAAGACCCAGUGAUCAAUUCCUUGGAUUUUGAACCUGAACAGGAUACUUCUCCAUUGUUACCGAAUUCACCCACCACGAUCUCAAUGUUACUUAUCCAGCAGCUUCAGCAAGACAAGGCAAAUGAAGAGAGUUCUAGUGAAGAUCAGAGUUCGCAAAUCAACUGGAAGGACUGGUUGGAAGUCGAAUUAGAGAGGAUUCGGGGAGAUUUAGACUUGGACAAUCCACGUGACGAGUUUGACGAGAAUGAGGAGGACGAUAUUCCUGGGCAAGAAGAUCAACAUGAGUGGACCCCAUUUAAAAGUAAAAUGGAGUUUGUCGGAUCAAUACUCGUUGGUUAUACUCAAAAUUUACUUUCCAGGACUUUGUUCGACCUGAUAUGCGUGAUACUUAAUGGACUGUGUCAGCUCAAGAUCCCUACGUGGUCUACGAUUAGGCGUUCACAGAAAAGGAUCAGGGCGCAUUUUCAGAUGGAAGUUAUAAUGAAAGACAGUGUAUGGGGUAUGCCAUGUGCAGCCCUCAGUUCAAGAUGUGCACUUCAACAGGAUCUAGCCAACCCUCUUGUAGCACCUUUCAUUGAUUUUUAUCCAGAAGAUCCUCAAGGAUGUAACCAGUACAAGCUCUCCCAAUCGAAAAAGUGGCUUGAAAUGCCAUCAUCAUUACAAACACAGAUGUGUGUAAAUAAUAAAAAGCAUUUCUACAUUUUCGAACCCGUCAAAACUUAUUCAAAUCAGAUUCUAGUUCCAAUUUUCCUAUACCUGAUCAAUGGCGAGUUACAUGCAAAGUGUGCACUUCCAACACUCAAGAGGAUCAGUCAUUCAAAAUUCCAGUUGGAAAUCGAAGGCGACCUCACUUUUGAUGACCCAAGUCUUUUUCUUGUUCAUACAAAGGAAUUCAACAAGGAAUACUCUGAAAUCAAAAUAGAUCGUGAUCUUUUAUCUACGGUGUGUUCGAAUGAGUUGUAUGGAAUGAACAACAAUAUUUCAGUCAAGAUCGACCUACCAAAUCCUUGGAGGACUAAAGCUGGAGGGAAAAUCUUACGACAUGUGCCAAUCAGCUUGUAUGCUGAUGACACUUCUGGAAAUAUUUUGAAGUGCUGGAAUAAACACCUAUCUUUUUACUUCACUUUAUCUGGCCUUCCUCCGAAUCUGUCCAACCAAGAAUUCAAUUGCCACUUCUUGGCUACUUCAAAUCGAGCUGGUGUUUUAGAGUUAGCCGAGAUUAUUGUUGAUGAAUUAAAUGACCUUGCCACCAAUGGAUUUGAAGCAUACGAUGCAGCAAUUUCUGAGCCGGUUUUCGUCAUGACUAGUGUUCUAUUCUUUCUAGGGGAUUCUCCGAUGCACUCCGAAAUAACCAACACCCCUUAUCCUGGUUCUGCACUUAAUCCGUGUUGUAUUUGCACACUCUCUGCGCCAAGCCUAGCCGCCAAACAUCGAAAGGAUUUCAUGUACAAAUUCUUGCAUCUUGAUCGACAUGGAAACGUGACAAGAAAUCGACCCAGAGUGUGGCUAGAAACCAUCAAACAGACUCACAAGCUUUUCAAGGUGGCGACAGAAGAUACUAUUGUGGCUUUUGACACUCUGUCAAAAGAGUAUGGUGUCAAAGAUCGGAUUAACGAGAAGUUCAUCGAACAGCAAGGGAUUGCCAAAGUCAAGGCAAAAAUCAAUGACCUGAAGGCCAAUAAGUUUUUGCGCUUAUUCAACCCUUUCUUGAGACUGAUAGGUUUUGAUGGCUGCCUUGACACUCCGGUUGAGAUUCUUCACGUUUUUUUACUCGGGGUUGUCAAGUAUCUGGUCCACGAUUUUGUUGGAAAGCUCUCUGAGAAACAAAAAGACGAACUCGAGGGUCGUAUUGAGUCAUUCAACACCAGCUCGUUGAAUAUGCCGAAGCUGCAACCCAAAUAUCUAGUUUUGCAUGUCAAAUCAUUAAUCGGCAAGGAGUUUAAAAUCUUCCUUCAAGCUGCUCCAUUCAUCCUUUUCCCUUUUAUGGAUGAAGAUCAAAGAGAAAUUUGGAUUUCUUUAUGCACCCUCUCUUCUUAUGCCUUUCAGACACACAUCAAUAACAUGGAAGAUUUCCAGCUCAAUCUUCGAAAACACACAGCCAACUUUUUUUAUCGGAUCAUACGAGUCACUGCCCAGUGGUUGAACAAACCAAAGUUUCACAUUUUACUUCAUCUUGCGGAUUCCAUCCGUCGGUUUGGACCCGCUACACUCUUUUCAACGGAAAAGUUCGAGUCGUAUAACGGUGUUCUCCGGACUGCAUCAACCCAUUCGAAUCGAAUUUGCCCUGGAAGAGACAUUGCAAUUAAGUUUGCUAACUUCCAUGCCCUAUGA